CUGCGGGCCGGACUGUGAGCGCGCUGAGGACGCGAGCAUGUCUCUGACGGUUCUGUUUAUUCUGCUGAUCUGCAGAACCUGGGCUCUAGACUCGGUUCUAGAUGAAGGUGAGCCCUCGGAGUUCCGCUCUCCUCAGUCCCUGGUGGAGGACAGUGAUGGUCAGACCCCUCAGUUUGUGUCAGAGACCCCGGAGCUCCAGCCCAGGAUUCAGCAGUUUAAGACGGCGGAGAUGGCGGACGCCGUGCUGGGGGCCGAGCUGUCUGCAGACCCCGCCGGGAUCGAGGCUCUGAUCCCGAAAAGCCUGAAGGAGUCUCUGUUUGGGGUCUCAGAGGUGUGCGAGGGGGAGAGCUGUAAGGUGGAGGGGUCUUCUGAAGAGGAGUCAGUGGAGAACCCCGCAGGGUCAGGGGUCAGCGGUUCGGGGGACGAGCAGAACUCCACAGAAACAGCCAAGACCUAUAAGGUCAGCUGUGAUAAAAGGAGCAUCACUGGGCUGGAGAGCUUCACUGUACAGGUCCUGAAUGCCUCUCAGGAUCUGAUGGAAUUCCUCAAUGCUAACGGUACAGAGUGCACCCUGGUUUUAUUCUUUACUACGUGGUGUCAGUUCUCAGCUAACCUCGCCCCACACUUCAAUGCCCUGCCUCGGGUAUUUCCCAGCAUGCACUUCCUCGCUCUGGAUGCCUCACAGCACAGCAGUUUAUCCACCCGGUUUGGGACGGUGGCCGUUCCUAACAUUCUGCUUUUCCAAGGAGCGAAACCAAUGGCCCGCUUUAACCAUACAGACCGGACUCUGGACACCCUGACCUCCUUCAUCACCAAUCAGACAGGUUUUGAGGCGGUUCCCGGUCAGGCGGUGGGAGAGGAGGACCAGGCCGGGCCGUUACCCAGCGUUCCAGUGAAGAGCAUUGACUGGCUGUUUGUGUUCUCAAUUCUAUUUAUUUUGGGGUUCUCUCUUUACGCCAUCCUGCGCACCGACAGCAUCCGCCUCCUGAUCCCUGGCCAAGAACAUGACCACCAGGACUAACCCACACACACAAGCCUCAUACAGUGCUGAGUGUGUUUCUAAGACACAGACUGUUAAACACACAUCGUCUACACAUCUGCAUAUCUGAGAUUUGUUAAAAUACAUUAUAUUCCCUACAGAGGAGGAGGAGCCAACUGGGCACCUUAAAGACUGAGAGGUGGCCUCAGCCACGAACUCUGGAGGGGGGUUUGAGAUAUUUUGAUGUGUGUGUGUGCGGGUGUUCUAAGAUGUGAAGUUUGUUUACAUUCAUGGCUGACUGGUUUUGCUUUGGUACAGUUCAUAGAUUUAUCUGAUUUGUUUGAUGGAAUUGAUUAAUUAUUGAUUCUACUGUGGUUGCUAAAUAAUAAACAAGAAAACAAAUAAAGAAGUAAACACUG